AUGAGUUUUUCAAGCGAUGAGGUAAACUUCCUAGUUUACCGCUAUCUGCAGGAGUCUGGGUUUUCUCAUUCCGCGUACACGUUCGGAAUCGAAUCACACAUCUCACAAAGCAACAUCAAUGGAGCCCUUGUACCACCGGCCGCCCUGUUGAGCAUUUUACAGAAAGGGUUGCAGUAUACCGAAGCCGAAAUUAGUAUAGGUGAAGAUGGUACCGAGCAACGGUUGGGCGAAAGUUUGAGUCUCAUCGAUGCGGUCAUGCCGGAGGUGGUCGCCAACAGGCAGAAUAUGCAAAACCAGCAAAAGCAAGCAACGAAAACCGAACCCCCGGAGACGAAUGGUACGACGGAGGAACCGACUGCUCCACCGCCAACUACGACGACUACUGCUUCCACAACGCCAGCUCCGGUAGAAACGAUGGAAGUGGAUCAAAGCAUUGAAAUACCCGCCUCCAAGGCGACGGUUCUUCGAGGACACGAAAGUGAGGUGUUCAUCUGUGCUUGGAACCCGAGUACAGAUUUGCUUGCCAGUGGGUCAGGUGACAGCACGGCACGUAUUUGGGAUAUGUCCGAUAAUCCGGCUAAUCCGAACCAACUCGUACUGCGUCACUGCAUCCAGAAGGGUGGUACAGAAGUACCGAGCAACAAGGAUGUAACAUCGCUAGACUGGAACUGUGACGGUACACUGCUGGCGACGGGUUCAUACGACGGAUAUGCUCGUAUUUGGCGUACGGAUGGAUUGCUGGCAAGCACACUCGGUCAACAUAAAGGUCCCAUAUUCGCGUUGAAGUGGAACAAACGGGGUAAUUACAUUCUUUCCGCUGGUGUGGACAAAACGACCAUCAUCUGGGAUGCUGCGACCGGCCAGUGUACACAGCAAUUUAGCUUCCAUUCAGCUCCGGCGCUGGAUGUGGACUGGCAGUCGAAUCAAUCAUUUGCAAGUUGCAGUACAGAUCAAUGCAUUCAUGUUUGCAAGCUAGGCGUAGACAAACCCAUCAAAUCGUUCCAGGGACACACGAAUGAAGUCAAUGCCAUCAAAUGGGAUCCUCAGGGACAGCUGUUGGCUUCCUGCUCGGACGACAUGACGCUGAAGAUUUGGUCGAUGAAGCAGGACACUUGUGUGCAUGAUCUUCAGGCUCAUUCGAAAGAGAUCUACACGAUUAAAUGGUCACCAACGGGUACGGGUACGCAGAAUCCCAACAUGAACCUCAUACUGGCAAGUGCCUCCUUCGAUUCGACCGUACGUCUAUGGGAUGUGGAACGAGGUGUUUGCAUUCACACGCUCACGAAACACACGGAACCGGUGUAUUCGGUGGCGUUCAGCCCGGACGGCAAAUUCCUUGCGUCCGGUAGCUUCGACAAGUGUGUCCACAUCUGGAGCACCCAAAGCGGACAGCUGGUGCACAGCUACAAGGGAACCGGCGGUAUAUUCGAGGUGUGUUGGAACUCGCGCGGCAGCAAAGUCGGCGCCAGUGCCAGUGACGGCAGUGUGUUCGUGCUGGAUCUCCGGAAGUUAUGA